AUGCAGAAAAUAUUCAGAGAUACACAUAAGACUGAUCAGGUGGUGGUUAUGAGAGAGUAUAGGAAAGGGAAUUGGACGGUGAGUGAGACUUUGGUGCUCAUAGAAGCCAAGAAGAUGGACGAAGAGAGGCGUGUGCAGCGAUCUAUCGGCCCUCACAGCUCCGUGACGGAGCUCCGGUGGAAAUGGAUAGAGGAGUAUUGUUGGAGGAAAGGAUGUCUGAGGAACCAGAAUCAGUGCAACGAUAAGUGGGACAAUCUCAUGAGGAGCUACAAGAAGAUCAGAGAGUACGAGAGAUGGAGGGUAGAAUCGUCUCCUAACACCGGCUCCUCUUCCUACUCGAAGAUGGAGAAGGUUGAGAGGAAAGAGAAGAACUUGCCGAGUAAUAUGCUGCCUCAGAUAUACGAGGCGUUGGCUGAACUUGUUGAGAAGAAGGGUCUACCUUCGUCUUCCUCUUCCGCCACCGUUGCCGUCGGUAACGGUGGCUCUUCCGGUGGCCAGAUCCUAAGAAUGUGCCAACACAGUUUAGGAUUUGAAGCUCCGGUGAUGGCUCAGCCGUUGCAUCAAAUCUUUCCGGCUACUAUUGUAUUACCUCUUCCAACACAGUUAUCUCUAGCCUUAUCACAUCCUCCGCCGCCAAAACUUCCACCGUCAACAUUUCAAGCUGAGCCUUUACAGCCCAUAGUAGACACAUAUCCGGCAAAGCGAAGGAGAACAAAGCAGAGAGAAAGCACGAUUGGAGAAGAGAGAGAGUCAGAGGAUAUUGCGGUUGGAGCGGCGUUAUCAAGAAGCGCGUCUCUGAUCGCACAAGUGAUAAGAGAGAGUGACGAGAGACAAGAAAGGAGCCAUAAGGAAGUGGUGAGGUUGCAAGAGAGGAGACUGGAGAUUGAGGAAUCCAAAGCUGAGAUAAACAGAAAAGGUAUGAGUGGCGUGGUGGACGCCAUCAACAAACUCGCAACCUCCAUUUUUACUUUGGCUUCUUCUUCUUCUUCGUGCCAUAACAAUCAAAAUCACCAAGGAGGUCCACAAUGAUAUUAUUGACUAGAUUAUAAGUAUUUGCUUAGUUAGGAUAUGUAGAUAUAUGAUUCUUGAUUUGUAACCUUCAAAAUAUAUAUAUGUAGUCCUACUCCUAUCAACCAUG